AUGCGUUGGAACCUUCUUUUUCUGAUCUUUGACUUCCUGAUCAUUCCACUGCCCCUUUGGAUCGAUAUCUUCAGCCCCAUCUUCGCAGCGGCCUAUAGCUUGUUCAUCAGCUGGUUGGGUGCUUUGCUCCUCAGCCUUUGUGCCUGGAAAUCCCUCCAGGCGAACCGACUCAUGCUGCAGGUGGUGGAUCAGACCUGGGAGAAUCAGAUCCCUCGAGAGACCUUUGAGGAGGACCUGAUGUGUUGCGCGCUCGGGAGUAUCGAGCUGAGCACCUGCAACAUUUGGUGCCCUAGAUCAUUUCAUGACUUUGAUGAAUUGCUUCGUUGCCUGCAGAUGCUGUCUUUGGCUGAUCCUUUCGAUUCGGAAGACAUCCCCAGCUUUAGUGCUCUUUUCGAAGCUGUGAUCCAGCAGUCCAUCGACUCCUUGGUGUCUCAGACGGUGGCCCAUCGACUCAUCGUGGUCAUCGGCCUGGAGGAGGGCACCCCCGAGGUCGCUGAGAAGGCCAGCAACUUGAAGAAGCAGUAUGCUGGUGCUUUCAAGCGCUUCCACGUGACGAAGCAUCCGCCGCGCUGGGCCGGCGAUCGGGAGAUCCGCGGGAAGUGCUCCAACGCCAACUACACCAUGCGCGCCGCAGUAACACGCCUUGAGGAGUACGGCGAGCUCAAUCUUGCUUGCACCACUGCAACCUCCUGCGACACCGAUUCCAUCUUCCCGCCCCGGUACUUUGAGAAUCUGGGCUACCAGUUCCUCACUGAUCCAAAGGCCAUGGAGGUCGUGUGGCAGGCGCCUUUGUACUACAACCACUACUUGACGCAACGGCCCUGGUUUGUACGUGCGAUUGGUAUCAUGCGAGCGGCCUACAUGUUGGGUUUAUUGAUCCCUUUCAACAUCAAUACGAUGUCCAUCUUCAGCUUUUCUUUGGACCUUUGUAUCAAAGGCGAUUUUUUUCAUGCGCACUACCAGAUGGAUGACAUCAUUUAUACUUUGACGUGCAUGCAGGCCUUGCAGAAGCGGAUUGAGAUCCGAAUGAUCCCGAUGCCAGUCAUCUCGGGACCCACCAGUGGCAGCACCUACUGUGAAGAGAUCCAAGAGUUCGUCCGGCAAUCCGAGCGUUGGACCAUCGGCGCCUGUGAGGUCUUCCACUACUUCGUGGUGAAACGCCGGCGCUACAACUGCUCAGCGGCCUUGUCCUAUGGCACGGACCUCGGCAUUUGGUUUGUGACCUACUAUGGCUUCAUUUUGUGCUCCCUGACCCUAUCUGGGUUGGCGGCCUUCCUCAACUACGCCAUCGUGGAUGCCAAGCAGGGUCUUUUCCAACAGCUGGUGGUGGCUGUGGGUUUGGCCAGCCUCGCAUGGACCUAUUUGAUUUUUCUGAUCUUUUUCUAUUUGGAUCGAGCGGCUUGCAAGCUCAUUUACCACUUGAAGAUGAAGCCACAAGGCAGUGAGGACGCCAGCCUGGGCCAGAAUCUCAAGGACUGGGUCUUGAUGUGGCCGAGUUUGGUGAUGUAUUCUUGCGUGGCUUGGAGGGAGGACGGUGACACCCAGACCCCCACACACGCAGAGACAGAAAGUUGGGUGGAAAACGGUUUGGUGUUUGCUGUAUCCAACUGA